GUCUAAAGUUUGAAGAAGACUCGAGAGGAGAGAUUGCUAAGUCUCUCGCGAAUCGGAAUGGACGCGUACCAGCCACCGCGCCCGUACAUUAGACCGCCGUCUGGACCACCGCAAGCGGCGGAUCCUUACCACCAAUAUUAUCAACACACGGCGAGGCCACCGUUGCCUCCUCAUCCUCCGCAGCCUGGUAGUUACUCCAAUCAAUUCCACUCUCCAUCGCCACCACCGCACUGGGGACCACCUCCUCCACCUGGUUAUCAUCCUUACCCGAUUCACUCUCACCAGCAGCCGUUUAACCCCGCCGCCAACGGUAACACUCAGUUUCCCCCCUCGCCCGCUGGACCUCCUCCGCCUCGUCAGCCAUAUCCGCAGGAAUGGUCUCAACAAGGUCAGACAGCUCAAGCUAAUAAUAGCAACGCUGAGGAUUGGGCACUAAAAGCUAAAGAAUGGGCUGCAACGAACCAACCUAGUGGACAACAAGUCUACCAUCAGUACCCUAAUCAGAGCUAUCAAGAUGUUCAUCAACAGAGCUAUCAGCAGUUUCCAGCUCCACAUUAUGCAACAGGAAACGAGGGUUAUUCACAUCAAGAAAACAUGCCUACCACUUCAGCUAUUCAUCAGCAGGAGGUACCUUAUAGUUAUUCUUCUGUUGCAGGGAAAGAAGAAUCUGGCAAUGCAACACAGCAUCAUGUGCAGAUAGGAGUGCCAGAUGGUGGGGGGACUGUUUGGGCAGAGCAGCAAAUGCAAUAUGCAUAUGGAGAUCAAACAGCCGCUCCAGUUAGUACUCUUCAGGAUCAGCCUUUACAGUUUGCUACCAGAGAGAGUUCUGACUACGCUAGUCAUCAUAAUGCGUGGCUGCCUCAUACUUCAACCGGAGUUGUUUAUCCUCCUAUUCCUUCAUCGGUACCUUCAAUGCCAGAGCAUAAUUCAUCUAUGGCUAUGCCUCCGUAUGGAGGGUAUACCCCACCAAAUCUCCAGCCUGGUGGACCCCCUUAUGCUUUUGGAACAAGGCCGCCUCUUCACCCUGUUGCUGCUUUCAUGGAUGACUCAAACGCAGCAUCGUCUGUUCCUUCUAAAAACGUUAAUUUACCUAACUGGCUCAAGGAAGAGCUAUCGAAAAUCAAACCAUCUCAUGGAAAGCCUUCUUCAGGGAGUUUUGAGGAGAGAGAGCCUAUGUACGAUGAUGUACUUUAUAAACCUCCCGAGAGAUUUGAUCAGCGAGACGACAAAAGGUUCAGCGCUUCUAAAUCUUCCGACGAAGAAGAAGAAGAGGAGGAUGAGGAUGAGAUGGAUGCAGUUAGAAACACAGCAAUCAGCUCAGAGAUAAAACGUAUCUUGACUGAAGUUCUUCGCAAGGUUACAGAUGAAUUAUUUGAUGAAAUUGCUACCAAAGUCAUUGAUGAAGAUGAAGCAAUACAAAAAGAUGACAAUGUCCAGCACAAACCUAAGUCAUCAUCAUCUCUUCUUUCGGCAGCUGAUCCAACGCACAAGGCUUCGGCAAAGGUUUUGGUCUCAGUAGGAGGCGCAGAUAAAAAGGCAGAUGUGCUAGGCCUUGCUAGCUAUGCGUCUGAUGAUGAUGAUGCGGAUACUGAUACUGCCUCUAAUGCUGAUGUCGAUGGCAGUGAUGGAGUGGAAAGUCAUGGCAUGGGGUCAAGAAACGAUGUUACCCAGCAGCCAAGCGCGGAUGAUCCUCCCGAACCUAAAGCAACGGUCGACGCGAGAUUAAAUCAAGAAGUUGUAGCGGGUGAUGUAUCCGCCAAUAACAAUAAGUCAGAUUUGGAUCAAAUGUUGGGAUCCGGAAGAAAUUCAUUCAGUGAAGGUAACGAAAAGGUUAAUGUAAGUGCCAGCUCUGAUGAUACUUCAGGAUGCAGAACAAACUAUCCUGACAGAACAGUCAGUGAUAAAGAAGCAAUACUAGAUCAGCCUCACAGGAAGAACUCUGGCUUGGAAUCAGAUUGCAACCUUCGUCAGGAUAGCAAUAAAAGUUCCGGGAAAGACUUGAGUGACGAUUUGAAUAGGGAUAGAAGUAGAGGAGAAGAAAUGAAAACUGGAAAAGAAAAGGGAGAUUCUCAGAAUGGCUCAAAAGAUAGAGUGAAGCAGAAGGACAUGAAGUCAGCAGAGGAAGUUAAAGGCUUCGAAUCAAAUAGAAAAUCUACUGAUCUCGAUGUAAAAAAGAAUUACUCGAAGGAUGCAGAGAGGCCUCACAGAACAAGUUCUAAGGAUGACCGGGGUAAAAAGAGGGAGAAGGAAAAGGAAGAACGGUCAAGACACAGACAUUCUCAAGACUCGAGCAAAGACAAAAGAAGACGCUCUCCAACCAGUAAUGGAUCCUCUGACGAUUCAAUAAGGAAGUCCCGUUCGAGAAAAAGGAAUAAAUCACCAUCUCCUGUGAGGUCCAGAAGAAGACGCUCUUCUCCAUCGAGUGACGAAUCCUCUGAUGAUUCAAGAAGGAAGUCUUCUUCUAGAAGAAGGAAUCGGUCACCAUCUCCCGGAAGGUCCAGAAAAAGAUAUGUUACUUCGCGGUCACCACAUAGCAAGCAUUCUGAGAACAAGCACAAUUCCUACUCUUCUCAUGAAAAAUCUAGGUCAAAGCGGUCAAGGUCCAGAUCCCCCCGCAGGCGGCAUCGUGCUUAAUGAACACAGUUCAGCAAACCGUGGCCAGGACAAUGCUGUGCGCAGAGAUUUGGUGAUUCUGGAUGUGCCUUGGUAAAGCCACUCACUGGUUUGAGACGAGAUGUCCAAAAGUUUUUUUUGAAUGUUUGUUCUGAUUUGACUAUGUAGUGUGGUUGAAAUAAUCUUUUCCUGUGUAAUUGUAUCGUGCAAACUUGUUGAUGGUCUCUACCUCUGAAACGUUCGAUGGUCAUAUACGUGUUAUCCAAUUAUCUUCAGGCUC